UCAGAGCUCUGUGCUUAGAAGUCACCAUGGCAACUGAAGAGUCCAUCAUCCGCAUCCCCCCAUACCACUACAUCCAUGUCCUGGACCUGAACAGCAAUGUGUCCCGGGUGGAGAUCGGGCCAAAGACCUACAUCCGGCAGGAUAAUGAAAGGGUGCUGUUCGCCCCCGUGCGCAUGGUAACAGUCCCCCCACGCCACUACUGCACAGUGACCAACCCUGUGUCCCGGGAUGCCCAGGGCUCCGUGCUGUUCGAUGUCACAGGGCAAGUACGGCUUCGCCACGCUGACCAAGAGAUCCGGUUGGCCCAGGACCCCUUUCCCUUGUACCCAGGGGAAGUGCUGGAAAAGGACAUCACUCCACUGCAAGUGGUUCUGCCCAACACUGCCCUGCAUCUUAAGGCGCUGCUGGAUUUUGAGGAUAAGGAUGGAAAAAAGAUAGUAGCAGGAGACGAAUGGCUAUUUGAGGGACCGGGCACGUACAUCCCCCGGAAGGAGGUGGAGGUUGUGGAGAUCAUUCAGGCUACUGUCAUCAGACAGAAUCAGGCACUGAGGCUGAGGGCCCGCAAGGAGUGCUUGGACCGGGAUGGCAAGGAGAGGGUGACAGCUCCUCACCUGUCUCCCCACCAGGGAGAGAAGUCUUUUUUCCUGCAGCCAGGGGAGAGGCUGGAGCGAGGCAUUCAAGAUGUGUAUGUGCUGUCAGAGCAGCAGGGGCUGCUGCUGAGGGCUCUGCAGUCCCUGGAGGAGGGGGAGGAGGAGGAGAAGGUCUCCCACCAGGCGGGGGACCGCUGGCUCAUCCGAGGGCCCCUGGAGUAUGUGCCAUCUGCCAAGGUGGAGGUGGUGGAGGAGCGGCAGGCCAUCCCUCUGGACGAGAAUGAGGGCAUCUAUGUGCAGGACGUCAAGACUGGAAGGGUACGUGCUGUGAUCGGAAGCACCUACAUGCUGACGCAGGAUGAAGUCCUGUGGGAGAAGGAGCUGCCCCCUGGAGUGGAGGAGCUGUUGAACAAGAGGCAUGACCCUCUGGCAGACAGGGGCAAGGAGGACACAGCUAAGACCCUUCAGCCCUCAGCUCCCCGGAACAAGACGCGUGUGGUCAGCUACCGCGUCCCUCACAACGCAGCCGUGCAGGUGUAUGACUACAGAGAGAAGAGAGCCCGGGUGGUCUUUGGGCCAGAGCUGGUGUCCCUGGGUCCUGAGGAACAGUUCACAGUGUUGUCCCUGUCGGCGGGGCGGCCCAAACGUCCCCAUGCCCGCCGAGCCCUCUGUCUGCUGCUGGGACCUGACUUCUUUACAGAUGUCAUCACCAUAGAAACAGCGGAUCACGCCAGACUGCAGCUGCAGCUUGCCUAUAACUGGCACUUUGAAUUGAGUGACCGGAAUGAUCCUCAGGAGGCAGCCAAGCUCUUCUCGGUGCCCGACUUUGUGGGGGAUGCCUGUAAGGCCAUCGCCUCCCGGGUGCGAGGAACUGUGGCCUCCGUCACCUUCGAUGACUUCCACAAGAACUCGGCUCGCAUCAUUCGCACAGCCGUCUUUGGCUUUGAGACCUCAGAAGUCAAGGGCUCUGAUGGCGUGAGCCUGCCCAAGCCCCGGGACCAGGCCGUCUUCCCCCAGAAUGGGCUGGUAGUGAGCAGUGUGGAUGUGCAGUCGGUGGAGCCUGUGGACCAGAGGACCCGGGACGCCCUGCAGCGCAGUGUCCAGCUGGCCAUUGAGAUCACCACCAACUCCCAGGAGGCGGCAGCCAAGCACGAGGCCCAGAGAUUGGAACAAGAAGCCCGAGGCCGACUAGAGAGGCAGAAGAUCUUGGACCAAUCAGAAGCUGAAAAGGCUCGCAAAGAACUCUUGGAGCUUGAAGCUUUGAGCACGGUGGUAAAGAGCACAGGGACUGCCAAGGCCGAAGCCGAGUCCCGUGGAGAGGCUGCGCGGAUUGAGGGCGAAGGCUCCGUGCUGCAGGCCAAGCUGAAGGCACAGGCUUUGAAAAUUGAGACGGAGGCUGAGCUCCAGCGGGUCCAGAAAGUACGAGAGCUGGAACUGGUCUAUGCCCGGGCUCAGCUGGAGCUGGAAGUGAGCAAGGCCCAGCAACUGGCUGAGGUGGAGGCAAAGAAGUUCAAGCAGAUGACAGAGGCCCUGGGCCCCAGCACCAUCAGGGACCUGGCUGUGGCCGGGCCAGAGAUGCAGGUCAAACUGCUCCAGUCCCUUGGUCUGAAAUCCACCUUGAUCACUGAUGGCUCCUCUCCCAUCAACCUCUUCAACACAGCCUUUGGGCUGCUGGGGCUAGGGUCUGAUGGUCAGCCCCAGGCCCGAAUGGCGGCUAGUGGGCACAGCCCCCAGGAGGGUUUACAUAUUCGGGGUCCUCCCACCUCUCCAACUGCUGGAGGCAACCAAAUUGUACCUUAGCUCUUACUCACUCACAACUGACCAAUAAAGUGGACAUUUCUGGGCA